UGUAACAUGGCGAGGCACUUAUUCUUCUGCAAGCCACCAGUUGAGGGUGAAUAUCCGUUUGUGAUGGACUGCUUAAUUUUUUUUCCUUUUGAGAACAAUUGUUAAUUCCGCAAAGAUUGAUGCUGUCCAAAGCUUACAACAGUGUCCGAAAGUGGAUUGUCGCUGAGACUUGUUCAGCACCCACUAUUAUGUCGGCUACUAAAGACACAGAUCAAGCGAUUGCCGAAACAAGUAUGGAACCCCUCCAGUCCACCAAUCAACAAACUGUUGAGAACGACAGCCCCCAAUCACCGCCGGAAGUCUACGGAAUCAGUCUGGGAGAUCAUACCACCCCGAAACAUAAUAGAGAUCCAGUCAAUAUACCCGAGCAGCCAGACGAAAAAGAAGAAACGUCUGAUGAAAAUGUCGGUAGCCAAACUCAUGAACCACGGCCUGCUGUUGCGAACAGUGAUGCACGUGACAAUACCACGAUUCAAGACGAUAAGAGUGCGCCAUCUCCAGUUGUAGAGUCAGCAACAACAACCGAGGACACCAGCAUGCCUGAAGUAGCUCAAAACAAGAACGACGUGAAUGACGGGAAUGAUACAAUCGCAGUAAAGCAGGGAUCGGCAAAGAAACGGAAAGCUGCUGUGUCAAAUGAUCCUUAUGCUGGAUAUGGUACUCCGAAACGUAAAAAAGGAAAACGAGCAAGGAAGCAGCAGCACAACAAUGACGUCGAAGAACACGAAGAAAUCAAGAUCAAUGGUGUCGUUGUGAACUAUUCCGAACAAUCCAUGCCUUCUGAUAUGGCAAAAUAUUGGUACCAGCGAUACUCUUAUUUUUCGAAAUUUGAUCAAGGCAUAUUAAUGGAUCGGGAGGGCUGGUUUUCAGUUACGCCCGAACGGAUAGCCGAACAUAUUGCGGAGCGAUGUCGAUCAGACAUUAUUAUUGAUGCAUUUUGUGGAUGUGGCGGCAACACGAUUCAGUUUGCGCUGACUUGUGAACGAGUCAUCGCAAUUGAUCUUGAUCCCGUGAAAUUGGAAUGCGCCCGACAUAAUGCAAAGAUAUAUGGAGUAGAAGACCGCAUCGAGUUUAUUCUUGGCAAUUUUAUUGAACUCGCACCCUUCCUCAAGGCGGAUGCUGUGUUCUUAUCACCGCCUUGGGGUGGCCCUUCUUAUUUGGGCGCUGAAACAUACAACUUAUCCACCAUGAUACCAGGCAAUGGACUACACAUUCAUCAGAUAGCAUCACAAAUUACUCCCAACGUUGCAUACUUUGUCCCUCGUAAUACCGAUCCACAUCAGUUGUGCGCUCUGGCAGGUCCAGGUCAAACAUGUGAAAUUGAGCAAAACUAUCUCCGGGGCAAUCUAAAGGCGAUCACUGCGUAUUAUGGAGAUCUAGUCAAUUGGGACGCUGUACAGUUUAAUUAAAUAUCCAAAAUCCAAAAUUUUGAGUAAAUAGGAUACAUGAUAAAGUCAAGUUUAAAGGAUACAUUAUUUACUAAAUUAAUGAUAGCAAUACGUUCGAGUCAUUCAGGAUAACAUUCGAGCAAUGGAGCCAUGUAAUAUUUUCACAAUAAUCUUGCCGCCCUAUACAUUGAUGCAUAUCGUAGAUGUACUCUCGAAGCGAUCCCGUGACACGGACGAUAGUUUUCCCUUACAUUCAUCAUGCAUAACGGAGAAAUAAUGUUUAGCACGUAAAAAAAGUGUCAAGGUCAAGGCUUUCCCUUUUUUUUUGCCAAGCAAAAAAAAUAAUUCAU